AUGCUGCCGUUCAACUGUACCAGCCUAAGGCCAUCCACCUUCAUCCUGGCUGGCAUCCCUGGCAUGGAGAAGUCGCACAUCUGGAUCUCCAUCCCCUUCUGCUCCAUGUACCUGGCUGCCCUGUUGGGGAACGGCAUCCUGUUGUUCGUCAUAAGGACAGAACGCAGCCUCCACCAACCCAUGUACCUCUUCCUGUCCAUGCUGGCCAUCUCUGACCUGGUGCUGUCAACCACCACCGUGCCCAAGAUGCUGGCCCUCUUCUGGUUCAGGGCUGGGGAGAUUUCCUUCGGUGCCUGCCUGACCCAGAUGUUCUUCCUGCACUUCAGCUUCUCGGCAGAGUCGGUGGUCCUGCUGGCCAUGGCGUUUGACCGCUUUGUGGCCAUCUGCUACCCCUUGCGCUACGCGGCAGUGCUGACCCACUCAACCGUCCUCAAAACCGGGCUGGUGGCUUUGCUGAGGAGUUUCUCCAUCAUUUUCCCCUGCAUAUUUCUUCUCAAGCGGCUGCCCUUCUGUGGGCACAACGUCAUCCCCCACACCUACUGCGAGCACAUGGGCAUCGCCCGCCUGGCCCAGGCCGACAUCUCCAUCAAUGUCCUCUACGGCCUCGCCGUGCCCUUCGCAGCAAUUGUGGUAGAUGUUGUCCUCAUCACUGUCUCCUACGUCUUAAUUCUCCUGGCGUUAUUCAGACUCCCUUCCAGGACUGCCCGCCACAAGGCUUUCAACACCUGUGGCUCUCACGUCUGUGUUAUAUUACUUUUCUACAUUCCUGCUUUUUUCACCGUUUUGACGCACCGCUUCGGCCGGGGAAUCCCCCACCACAUCCACAUUCUCCUGGCCAACCUCUACGUGCUCUUCCCCCCGCUGCUGAACCCCGUGGUGUACGGGGUGCGGACACAGCAGAUAAAAGAGAAGGUUGUGAAGGUGUUCAUCUGCCCCAAGAGUCAUCUGCUGCAAGAGUAA